AUUAAUGAAAUAUUUUUGCUAUUCAAAAAAAAAAAAAGUAAUGACAUUUGGUGAAAUAAGAAUUGCAUUAAUGGAAAACUAACGUUCAAAUGGUUUUAGUAGCACGAUGUGUCAUUGUAUUGUUUGUCAGUGGCAUUUGGUGAAUUUUGUAAGUAUUUAGUGACAUUUGGUGAAAUAGCCGUAUAUUUUUUUAAAAAUAAAUUUUAAAUAAUUUACAUGAACAAGCCCAAAUUUAUCAAACCCAAAUUUAUUAGCCCAAUAUCCCCUUUAAGACCUUAUCCAUCCAUCCAUAUACCAUAUUUCACAUAUAAAUUUCCCGGGAAAUUUUAUAUCUGUAACAUUCAAAAAUCACAUGGGUGUAAAUUCUGGUGCUUCAGCCAUCAAAAACUUCCUUCAAAUCAACCCCAUUGCUCAAAAUCUCAAAUCCACAAAGCCAAAUUCCACCAUUAACACCAUUCUCUCUCACCUCGAAGCCGGCUGCCUCAAGAAAGCCGUCUCUCUCCUCUUUUCUUCUCCUUUUCCCUUUGAUCUUCCGCUUUACGGCCGCCUCUUCCAGCUCUGUUCUGCAAGCCGAGCCAUUGUUGAGGCCCGUAAAGUCGAGUCUCAUUUGAUUUCGUACUAUGAUCCACCUCCCACCUUUUUGCUUAACCGCGCGAUUGAGGCAUAUGGUAAAUGCCGGUGUUUGCAGGAUGCACGUGAACUGUUCGAUGAAAUGCCUCACAGAGAUGGUGGGAGUUGGAAUGCUCUGAUUACUGCGUAUGCGAAAGGGGGGUUUCCGAGUGAGGCGUUGGGGUUGUAUUUGGAUAUGAAUCGGUCUGGGGUUUCGCCGAGUGAGGUUACGUUUGCGAGUGUUCUUGGGUCUUGUGGGGUUUUGUUGGAAUUGGGUUUUGCUAGGGUUGUUCAUGGGUUUGUUGUGAAGUUGGGGUAUGGUGGGAAUGUGAUUAUAGCGAGUGCUUUGGUUGAUGUUUAUGGGAAGUGUGAUGAGAUUGUUGAUGCUAGGAGGAUGUUUGAUGAGAUUGAUAGACCGAAUGCUGUUUCGUGGAAUGUGAUUGUAAGGCGGUAUCUUGAAGUGGGUGAUGAGAGACAGUCGGUUUUUAUGUUUUUUCAGACGAUUCGAGCAGGGGUAAGGCCAUUGACGUUUACCUUUUCAAGUGCUCUUGUUGCGUGUUCUAAUAGGCAGGCGGUUUUAGAGGGAGUUCAGAUACAUGGUGUUGUGAUUAAGUAUAGACACGAAGAUGAUGAGAAAGUUGCUACUUCUCUGAUCGAUAUGUACAUGAAAUGCAAUGAUGUUGUGAGCGCCAGGAAGGUAUUUGAUCAGCCUGGUGUUAAGGAUUUACUUUCUUGGACUUCUAUGGUAUCGGGAUAUGCUAUGGCAGGAAGACUUAAAGAAGCCCAAGAGCUUUUUGAUAAGAUGCCUGAGCGAAGCAUCAUCUCUUGGAAUGCAAUGUUGGCAGGGUAUGUACGCUCUGGCCAAUGGGAGGAGGCCCAAAGUUUUAUUUUCAAGAUGUGCCUGAAUAUAUAUGAUGCUGAUGGUGUAACUCUGAAUCUAUUGUUGAAUGUGUCUGCUGCACUCUCAGAUAUUGAGUAUGGUAGACAAAUUCAUGCUUACAUCUAUCGACAUGGAUUUGAGUCGGUUAUAUAUGUGAAAAAUGCACUCUUUGACAUGUAUGGAAAAUGUGGGGCCUUAAGAAGAGCUAGAAUAUGUUUUCAUAACAUGAGUGGUCAGAGGGACACUAUAUCGUGGAACUCCCUGUUGAACUCCUUGGCACAACAUCAGAUGAAUGUGGAUGUUAUUACUAUGUUCCGUGAGAUGCAGAAGGAAACAACUCCAAAUGAAUAUACAUUUUCAACCCUUCUUGCAGCAUGUGCUAACAUAUUUGCAUACAGCCAAGGAAAACAAAUCCAUGGUUUUAUGAUCAGGAAUGGCUAUAAGAUAGAUGUUGUUAGUUUAGAUGCUUUACUUGAGAUGUACUCAAAAUGUGGAUAUCUUGAGUAUGCACUUAAGGUCAUCAAAACUGCAAAACCGGGGGAUACGAUCCUCUGGAAUUCUAUGAUUAUUAGGUGUUGUCACCAUGGUAAAGCGAGGGAGGCACUUGCCUUGUUUGAUUUGAUGAAAGAGAUUGGGGUUAAACCUGAUAAUGUUACCUUCCAGGCAGUUUUCAAUGCAUGUCUUUGUGAGGGAUUUGUUGAUGAGGGCAAGAGAUAUUUUGAUGCCAUGAUCAAUGAUUAUGGCAUCACGGUCAAAUUAGAGCAUUAUGAGUGUAUGAUUAAUCUUUACACCAGAUAUGGAGCGAUGAAGGAGCUUGGGAAAAUUUUAAAAAUGCCUUUUAAACCAACCGUGUCCAUGUUGACAAGGAUUUUUGAUGCUUGUAAAGUAUAUCCCAGUCCAAGAUUGGCAAUGUGGGUAGCUAAAAAGUUGAAUAAGCUGAACCAAAACUAAGCCACCCAGUUCUGUACCCUAUUGAAAUAAUUGACAAAUCUAGUCUGCCCACUUGAUAGCCGUCGUUUCUCCAAAUUAAAAGAAGCAGGCCAUUGUAGCAGGAGUGAUUGACCCUUUCAUGGAUCAGCACUUUAGCUGCCCUUUGCUGUGUGGCAUGGACAAUUUCUUUGCCUGUGUUUUGACGUAUCUUUGAUCAAGCACAAUACAAUGCUCAUAAGGGAAACUCAAGCUCUUGCAGAAUCCGCUAAUCGGUAAUUGGACGCAUUUUAUGAAGGAAAGAAGGCAAAAAUGUGAACUGGCAGGAAUGACUUUUAUUUGCAGUCUUGAAGGUCUCUUUUCAGCUUCCUCAUCUUAACUUUUGAGAUCAUGCUGAGAUUUAAGUGUUCAUUUGCAUGAUUACGAAAUUCUUUAUUUAAGGUUGAAGAUAACUCAUCAUCGAUUCAAUCAGCUAGCAUCAAGGAAUGGCUCUUACGGUUGACUCACUAGGUUAAUACUAUCAUAAUCCACAUGUGUAAUUUCGAGGCCAUGCUGAGACUUACGCAAUGCAAACGCCUUCCGUUCUCCCUAAGCAUGAUGCUUCACAGCAUAGUCAGACGACUUAUCGCUUCUCAAAUCAAAACGCUACGACCUGAGGUACACGUUUACUGUUGAAUGAUCGGAUAUCAUAAGUUUAUUAUUAAGUAGCCAAUAUAUAUAUUUGAACUAUUACACUACAAAUAUUUAAAA